AAAGCGUUGGAUUUCUCAUGCUCUUUGCGCGCCCGCAUGGUCGGGCGACCGCCUGUCCUUGUCAGCGGUCACAAAUCACCUGUACGCUGAAUCAUCUGAGCUCGUCAGCUUCCUGUUCCCUCUCGCCGUUUCUAUUUAUCGGUUCGCAGUGGUGUUAGAGUGGGAGCGCACGGGCCCACGGACGCGAGUUACGCUUCCGAGUCAGUCGCUUCCUCCACCUUCCAAAUACCGCUCAGUGCGAGCAGCACGUCGUCGACGGCUGGACAUAAAGCUCGCUGCCGUCUCUAGCAGGCUCUUCGUCGUACCACCACCAUGUCGACUCGUACUCUUUCCGCGAACGAACCUACGCGAUCUUCGACGGAGCUGGAGAAGAAGGAUGCCACCGCGUUGGCGGAGUCUCCCUUGCAGGACCCGUAUCCGCAUGCGUAUGCAGAAGAGGACCUAUUUGAAGAGGGCGCGGUCGAUGCUGUCUACCAAGCCAAGGCUCGCGUAUUGAACGCCGCGGUUCGGGAAAUCGGGAUGGGUAGAUAUCAGUGGUACCUCUUCGUUGUAGCUGGGUUCGGAUGGUUUUCCGACAGCGUGUGGCCACUGGUGGCAGGCUUGAUUCUCAAUCCCGUUGUAGCUGAAUUUCAAGUAGACAGUCAAUGGCUGUCCUUGGCGUUGAACAUCGGCCUGUUCGCUGGUGCGGUCUUCUGGGCAUUGGGAUGUGAUAUUUGGGGGCGCAGGUGGCCCUUCAACUUCACUCUAUUCAUUGCUGGAGUGUUCGGGCUUGCAGCCGGGGGUUCGCCCAACUUCGUUACGUUGGCGUCCUUGUUUGCUGUCGUGGGUUUUGGCGUCGGAGGUAACAUGCCUGUCGACUCUGCCGUGUUCCUGGACUUUGUCCCGGGAAGCCAUCAAUUCCUACUCACUAUUCUGUCCAUAUGGUGGGCUAUUGGUCAAUUAGUCGCGAGUCUGAUCGCCUGGCCACUUAUCUCCAAUCUCUCUUGUCCUGAGACUGCGACGGUCUGCACCAAAUCCGAGAACAUGGGCUGGCGGUACCUUCUGUUCACCCUUGGAGGCAUGACGCUUGUCCUCUGGGCCAUCCGCUUCUUCGCGUUCAACCUCGAGGAGAGCCCGCGGUACCUAGUUGGGCGUGGCCGCGAUGCCGAUGCUGUGGCCGUCAUUCACAGGAUAGCUGCGUUCAACGGCCGCACUUCCAGCCUAACCGUUGAGCAGCUUGCCGCGGCAGGUGAACGCGCCGCAGAGGCGAACAAAGCUGCUGCAGGCGCAGGCAACGAGCGCACACUCUUGAGCGGGACGUCUGUAUGGACAACGUACCACAUCAGGAGUUUGUUCAGGACGGCAAAACUUGCUUGGUCGACUAGUUUACUCAUCGUCAUCUGGGGAAUAAUCGGACUUGCAUCCACCUUAUACAACAGCUUCCUGCCAUACAUUCUUGCGCACCGCGACGCCGGCUAUGGAGACAGCUCUUACUACACGACGUAUCGUCAAGAGGUUAUCCUCGGCGCGAUCGGCGUGCCGAGCGCGCUGGUUGCAGGAUGGGCGGUCGAGCUUCCGCGGAUCGGUCGGAAAGGCACUUUGGCAAUCUCGGCGGGGCUCACUGGUGUCUUUCUCUUCGCGAGUACCACCUCCCACACCUCAAAUGCGCUGCUGGGGUGGAACUGUGGGUACGCAUUUGCAAGUAACAUCAUGUAUGGUGUCUUGUAUGCUAUCUCGCCCGAGGUCUUUCCCGCCAAAGAUCGGGGUACGGGUAACGGGCUGACGGCCACUGCAACUCGCGUGUUUGGAAUCAUAGCCCCGGUUAUUGCGAUGUACGCCAACCUCGAGACGGCAGCGCCUGUGUACGUCUCGGGCGCACUGAUCAUAGGCAGCGGGGCUCUGGCCCUCCUUCUGCCUUAUGAGCCGAGGGGGCGGACGUCUAGCUGAGACGCCAAUACGGGGAAAGGUAGGUAAAUUGAAGGCUUAUGUGUACUCGAAUAGUUUCAUGUAAGGUUGUAAUGGUUUCUCUUCUUGGUGUUGUAGCCGUGCUCUCUUGUUGUAGAAUCGCUCUAGACUCAAUGUUAUGACCGUAAUGAUCCCCCUUCUCUUCUCCACCAUAU